AUGGAGCUGCCUCCCCGCGGCCGGGCGUCGCCGGACUCGCCGCUGGACAGCGCCUCCCUGACCUCGCUGGACUCCAGCGUCUUCUGCAGCGAGGGCGAAGGGGAGCCCCUGGCGCUCGGGGACAGCUUCACGGUCAACGUGGGCGGCAGCCGCUUUGUGCUCUCGCAGCAGGCUCUGUCCUGCUUCCCACACACGCGCCUUGGCAAGCUGGCCGUGGUGGUGGCCUCGUGCCGGCGCCCCGGGGCCCUGGCCGCCGUGCCCAGCCCCCUGGAGCUCUGUGACGACGCCAACCCCGUGGACAACGAGUACUUCUUCGACCGGAGCUCGCAAGCAUUCCGCUACGUCCUGCACUACUAUCGCACCGGCCGCCUGCACGUCAUGGAGCAGCUGUGCGCGCUCUCCUUCCUCCAGGAGAUCCAGUACUGGGGCAUCGACGAGCUCAGCAUUGACUCCUGCUGCAGGGACAGAUACUUCAGAAGAAAGGAGCUGAGUGAAACUUUAGACUUUAAGAAGGACACAGAAGACCAGGAAAGUCAACAUGAGAGCGAACAGGACUUCUCACAAGGACCUUGCCCCACCGUCCGCCAGAAGCUCUGGAACAUCCUAGAGAAACCGGGGUCUUCCACAGCUGCCCGAAUCUUUGGGGUCAUCUCUAUCAUCUUCGUGGCGGUGUCCAUCGUCAACAUGGCUCUGAUGUCAGCCGAGUUAAGUUGGCUGGACCUGCAACUGCUGGAAAUCCUGGAGUAUGUGUGCAUUAGCUGGUUCACCGGGGAGUUUGUCCUGCGCUUCCUGUGCGUGCGGGACAGGUGCCGCUUCCUGAGAAAGGUGCCAAACAUCAUAGACCUCCUAGCCAUCUUGCCCUUCUACAUCACUCUUCUGGUAGAGAGCCUGAGUGGGAGCCAGACUACACAGGAGCUGGAAAACGUGGGGCGCAUCGUCCAGGUUUUGAGGCUGCUCAGGGCUCUGCGCAUGCUCAAACUGGGCAGGCAUUCCACAGGCUUGCGCUCACUUGGAAUGACAAUCACCCAGUGUUAUGAAGAAGUUGGGCUGCUGCUCCUGUUUCUGUCUGUAGGAAUCUCUAUAUUUUCAACUGUGGAAUAUUUUGCUGAGCAGAGCAUUCCAGACACAACCUUCACAAGUGUCCCUUGUGCAUGGUGGUGGGCCACAACGUCCAUGACUACCGUGGGAUAUGGGGACAUCAGACCAGACACCACCACAGGCAAAAUCGUGGCCUUCAUGUGUAUCUUAUCGGGAAUCCUUGUCUUGGCCUUGCCCAUUGCUAUUAUUAACGACCGCUUCUCUGCUUGCUACUUCACCUUAAAGCUCAAGGAAGCAGCUGUUAGACAGCGUGAGGCUCUGAAGAAACUUACCAAGAAUAUAGCCACUGACUCAUAUAUCAGUGUUAACUUGAGAGAUGUCUAUGCCCGGAGUAUCAUGGAGAUGCUUCGAUUAAAAGGCAGAGAAAGAGCAAGUACUAGGAGCAGUGCAGGAGAUGAUUUCUGGUUUUGA